AUGAACAUUGUGGUCAAUCAAUUGUUUGAGAGUUCAUGGCAAAGAAAAGCCUAUUUAUGUCUUACAGAUUGGAAUGAGAGGAUAAUUAGAGGACAAGGCGGCUGGGAUGCAUAUUUAGAGCAGGAGACGGGUGUCCAUGGUGACCAGUGGCUCACCUACUCGGCCUAUCUGGUUAUAGAUGAGGCAAAAGAGUCGUACUGGGAUGGCGCACUGGGGCAGAUCUCUUCAAGCGUAUUGAACUUGAUUCCAGCCCAUACAUCCUCCUCUUCACAUCAUACGGCUCACCAGACAUAUGAAAAUGUCAGAGGCUAUAACCUGUUUCGAGCACCUUUUUUGACACCAGUUGGCCUGCUACUUGACAAGGAUGAAGUAAUGGAUGUGGACCUCAAGGAGGGACUUGUUUUAUUCAGUGAUGGGCAUAUAGGAUUGCUCAAAAGUCUGCUAAGUGCCCUAAGCAGUAUACAGCCAUUUGCUCGGGGCUUGCCUAGACCUGAUGAAACACAAUCAGGCGAUGCAAUCAGAGUUUUUAAAAAGACUAUCCUUUACCAUGGUGCCCUGAGGUCUGAAGCUGAAAAGGAAGAUCCGGAAUUCCAACAAGCUCUUGAGAACAUUUGUCGCAAUGGAUGGCUGCAUGAAGAGAGAUCAGGUCAGGAUUCUCAUUAUGUAUUUGCCAGUCCAAUACACUGGUGGUAUUGUAACAUCAUUUACAUGGAUGCAAAGCGUGAUAAUGAAAUCAGACACAGCACACCACUUGAUCUGACAAUUGAUGCCAUUAAGCAUUUCAGACCCUCUCAGCUGUCAGAUGCCCCCCGCUCAGUGAAAGGAAGUACAUCUCCCAUUGAGGACCAAUAUCAAAAAGAAUUUUGCCGCUGCCUAAUACCAAUAGUAGUAGUAGUAUUAAUAGAUUCCUCAAGUCUUUACUGACCUGUUAACUAAUACAUCCAUUCUAUUAUACACGAGAUGGGUAUCUUCUAUAAAACCCAAUCGUGACAAUAGCCAUACCAACCACUCCUUCAACUUCUACGCCUCCAACACCUCAGUCAUCUCACUAUGAGCCUUAACCAUAGCAUCAUCCCCACCCUCCCCAGUCUUUAGGAACGUACUCAUCUCUCUAACCGACUUCUUC